AGGCAGAUGACGCCGGGUAAAGCCGGCUGAGAGCCUGCCCAGCCCCGCCGCAGGCCGAGCGGGCUGGCCGCGCACCCUCCGCGGCCGCGCAGUCGGGUCGGGCGGGCUCCGGUAGCAGGAUGGACGUGACCGUGGACUUGUACCUGGCCGUCCCGCUGCUCUUCACCGUCCUGGCCCUCGUCCUCGCCUCCGUCUUCGUGAGGCUGCGGGGAGGCGAGGGGGAGAGGGCGGCGGAGCGGCCCCGGGAGCCGGUGGCGGCGGAGCCGGCCCGGGAGGGCGGCCCCGGCCCCGGGGGCGAAGCGGCGGCGGAGGGAGCGGGACCGGCCGAGGGGCCGGAGGACGAGGGGGGCCGGGUGCCGGUGGAGGAGGUCGGGGCGGGCGAGGAGGGGAAGGAGGCGGCUACCGAGCAGCGGGAGGCGGCGGCGGAGCCGGGCCCCGCGGCCGAGCCCGGCCCCGCGGCGGCCGAGAGCAUCCCCCGGCAGCCGCCCGCCGAGCCCCGGGAGCCCGGGCAGCGGGAGGAUGCGGAGAGCAAGAUACCACCUUUGGGUGCCUCACCUGGGUCCAGCCUCGGGCACACGGAACAAGCGGAGGAUGGACGUGGCCAUGCAGCGCUUUCCAAGGCAGAGGAGGAAGAUCUGGACUCAGAAAACGAGAAGCUGGUGGUGAGAGAGCCGGAGGAUGAGGAUGCUGCAGAUGAGACAUUCUCUUUUAAAUACAGUCCUGGAAAGCUGAGGGGAAACCAGUACAAGUCAAUGAUGACCAAAGAAGAACUCGAGGAAGAACAAAGGAUUGAGCUGACCUCUGAUCUCACAUCUCUGUAGCAAGUACCUUAGGUCCUCGGCCACAAACAUUCUUGCAAAUCUUUUUGAACUGAAGACUAUAUGAAGUUGUCCCUAGCCUCCUCCUAAAGGCAUCCCUUGGCAUCUUUAAAGGCUUGAGAGAAAUACCAAAACCAACCAAACACACCCAUAAGAGAAAUCCAUAAACCCUCAAAACUUGGGAUCCCCUCUUGGUCUGAAGUUGAGUUCUUCAAAAACUCCUGUGGUGUCAAGCUUGAGGAGAUCCUGUUGUGUGGCUCCAUGGACUGGGGCUGGGCCCAAGCAGUGACUUGAGUUGUGUUUGGGGGGCUGGGAUGAACCUUCCUCCCUCUCCCCCAAACAGAACCCAAAUUGGACACUAAAUAUGCAGCGAGUCUAUUAGUUGUGUUCAUUACCAUGUAUUAGGCCUGACAUGAAAUUUGUGUUGUUCCUUUAUUGGGGUGAGCGAACCAUAGCUCUUCUCCCAGACCAGCCUGGACCUUAUACCAGACUAUGUUGCUUCCUGGGGCCAAACUCCUCUUUAUUGCUGGAGGGUGGGAACUGCCUAUGAUUUCAAGUGUUGUAUAACACUGCUUUAUUCUGAGGGGUGGAGGGAUAAAGUGGGGUCCAAGUGAGGGAUGGCAGAUGGUAGCUGGACUGACUCAAAUCUUGCUUCUGUAGUUAUUUUAGCAGAGGGCUGAUUCUGUAGGUAGACAGAAGACUCUAGAAGUGAAGAAGAUUGAUAGUUUAGCUUUUCUGCUUGUGGUGGAGGUUUAGGAGACCACACUUUGGCUGCUGUUAAUAUCUGGAUUCUCACUUUUCCCUACUCCAGUUCCCAAGAGGAGAGACCCAAGGAAGUAGCUAUGGCAUCAGGGGUUCCCUCUGGCUCAGGAUGAGAUAGUGGGAGUCCUGGAAGAGACACUCUCCCCAUUCCUCUGCCUGCUUGCUGUUCCAGUGUCCUCUUCUCUUGCUAGCCCUGUGGCUUGUCCGCUGGAGCCAGAGCUCAGCAUUGCUCCUCAGCUCUGUCACAUAUAGAAGAUGAAUUUGGCUGGGCACAUAUACCUGCUUCAGACAUAGCAGGUUUCAGAUGAAACCCAGCUGGUUUGCGAGAGUGAGAAGAGGGUCCCAGUUCUCUAGCGAUGUUGUAGAAAUAUCAGGCUGGGUGGGGAUGUGUCCUUCAAAGUUUCUCUUUCACUGCCGGACAACUGCCUCUUGGCUAACGCUGCAAACAUAUCGGAAACCCAACAGGCUGCUUUUUUUUUUUUUUUCCCUUUUUAAUUCCUAUGCAGACAAUACUUGAAACCUUGUACACAGUUGUCCUUUCCAGCGCCUGGGGUUGGCAAACUCUUAAUAAAAGGGCUCAUUUAAAGAACAGCAGGAGGCUUCAGCUUUAGAAGAGGCUGGGCUGCCCCUUCCCAGCCGACAACUGCAAGCGUGUUCAGUGGUUUGCAUAUGAAUUUAGGCACAUCUGGAUCCUCUGCUUCAACAUCCCGCUGGUACAGCUGCUGUGUCCCCUUGGUGCUGGCUGGCUGACUCUGUGUCCCGAGCACCCAACUAUGCAAAGAAUGCCUUAUAUACAUUGUGUUUAAUUUACAUGGCAAUAUGUACAUCGAGCAAAGUCUAUAGUUGAGUCCAGAUUUUUGCUAGUGGCAGCGAGUCAAACUAUUUCUUCAACUCAAAUGGCUGUCUGGGUAUUUUUUACUUUUGUUUGUUUUGUUUGUUUGUUUUGUAUCUGAUGGUGGCUCUUAUACAAAGGACUGUAAUUCUAGUGGCUUGAAUCUGUAAAAAUUGCCUUUGUUUGGUCCAAUAAACCUUUGAAUAGUUUA